AUGACGCUGAGUGCUUCUGACGUCUGUGGCAGCGGGGAGUCGACACUCGAUUCGUCCGUUUCACCCGCGGUCACCCCGUCCACGGCCGAACGGCCGAAGCCAUCGUCCAGGCCGGUAGGUGGCGGUGGUGGGGACACGCAGCCCAACGGAGAGCCGUCGGAGAGUGAUGCAUCGCGGGAAACUGAAGACCAGCCCUGGUUCGUGCUCGCCGGAGGAAACGAGGAACGGCGACCCGUCGACGUUGCCUAUAAGUUGUUCAUGGCGCCUUCUGGCCUCUUGGGUGUACGUCCACCAGACGAGGAGCCCGAACCGAAACGCGCGGUCGGCUCUUCAAAGCAUCAGACACCCGAAAACGGCCCGCUUCUUGUCCCUGAGCUGGCCCUUCCAAAGUUGCAAAUUCCCCGAUACGGCCACGUGGCAUGCGUCACUUCCGGUCGCGACGUGCUGCUCGUCGGCGGCAAAGACGGACACACGGUCCUUAAUUCAGUUGAGCGACUCGAGGAGACAGAAGGGCGGUGGGUGUCGAUGCCUUCGCUACACUUUGCGCGCGCACACCACGCUGGAUGCGCGGUAUCGGGAGGUCGGGCUGUCGUUCUCGGCGGCGAGAACGACAAGGGCGUUCUCAAGUCCGUCGAGCUCUACCACCCAGUGAAGCGGAACUGGAUCAACCUGGCUCCUAUGCAGCACCAGCGUCACUCUUUCGGCGCCGUGGCGAUCGGCGCAAACAUCUUUGCACUCGGAGGUCGUGACGCAGCUGGAGACCACGGCCGGGUGCUGAAGACCGUCGAAGGCCUCUCGCUCGCCCCUCUGGCUUCUCCCGCGUGCUCCAGAAGCUCGAGUGUCGCGACGGCUCCCGGAUCGCCUGCGGGCGUGCCGACGGAGACCCAGUCGCGGGGCGCGUCUGGCCCCGGCGCCCAGACACCGCAGAAGACUGCGACUGAUCGCGCGGACUCGUCGGGCCUCGGCUCGACUCGGCAGGGCUCUGUCGGCGAAGGCGGGACAACUCACGGAGCGGGAAGCGCCGCUGUGGAGGGAUGGAGGAGUUUGCCCUCGAUGAAAAACGGACGGGCCAGCUUCGGCGUGGCGCAGUACAAAGGCGUGAUCUUCUGUGCAGGUGGAACCAACGGCGUGAAGCCGCUCUCGUCCGUCGAGAUGUUUGACAGCAGCACGAACGAAUGGUUUCAGCUCCCAAGCCUCAACGAAGCUCGCAUCGGUCCGGUCUGCUUCGUGUGGCUGAAAGGGCCCGAGCGAAGGCCCCACCUGUGCGUCGCGGGGGGACGGCAAAGCAGUCUCCAUCCGGUGUUUCAGUCGGCGGAGAUUCUCGACCUCCUGCCGCUGCUUCCUCGGAACGACGAGGACGGAACUGACAAGACAGAAGGCACAGGCCAGGGAGGCUCCGACGGCGAGAAAAAGAGACAGCCAGAGGGUGGGGAGAAGCUGCGGCGCGAGACGGAGAUACCCCCAGCCCAGUGGAUCCUCGUCAGUCCCGUUGGAGUCAAGCUAUGCUGGCAGCAGGCUGCAGGCGUCGUCUCCAGAUGUUGGAAGGAUUUGAGGGGCGACGCAGUUCUGCAAAGAGAAGUGAUGAGUCGAAAUCUAGAGGAAGCGGAGGAGGAGUCUUCAGACGCAGACGAACGACCGCCGCUUCCGAAAACGCGCGUCUUUCGCAGCAACAGUUCAAGCAGCACGGCCAGCGUCAACGCGGCGCCUUCGGAAGCUCCAGACCGUCACGGUGCAUGCGCGGGCGACAAAGGGCCCUCCAAGGUGCAAAUGCUUCGGCAGAAAAUCGAGUCGCAAGCGGCAGAGCGCCAGGCAGCCGCGGCAAAGAAGACUGGCACGGCGGGGGCGGGUGUCGGAGGCAUCGCGGGCGUCGGAGGGAAACACGAAGUCGUCUACGACCCUCUCGAGUGGUUUGAAAGCUGA